CGCGAAACGGGUCACGUGGGGCUUAGGAUUGGCGCGAAACUCCAUCGUUGUCCCCCGCACUGUGCAGGAAGCGGCUCCUCUUAUUAUAGAACCGGACCCAGGAUCAGAAUGGACAUAGCGGAGCCCAGUGUGAACGCCGCGGCCUCGGCGGCCCCGCAGGUGAAGGAUGAGGUGGCGGAGAAGUGCCAGAAACUGUUCCAGGACUUCUUGGAGGACUUCCAGAAUGCAGAUGGAGAAUUAAAGUACAAGAGUGACGCGGAGGAGCUGAUCCGCCCGGAGAGGAACACGCUGCUGGUCAGCUUCCAGGACCUGGAACAGUUCAACCAGCAGCUGGCGACCACCGUCCAGGAGGAGUUCUACAGAGUCUACCCGUAUCUGUGCAGAGCAAUCCGGGCCUUCGCCAGGGACCAUGGCAAUGUGCCACAGAAUAAGGAGUUCUACCUGGCUUUCCAAGACCUUCCCACCAGACACAAGAUCAGAGAGCUGACCACACCUCGCAUCGGAUCCCUAAUGAGGAUCAGCGGUCAGGUGGUGCGGACUCAUCCCGUGCACCCGGAGCUGGUCAGCGGCACCUUCCUGUGCUUGGAUUGUCAGACUCUGGUCAGGGAUGUGGAGCAGCAGUUCAAGUACACGCAGCCGAGCAUCUGCAGGAACCCCGUGUGCGCCAACCGGAGGCGGUUCAUGCUCGACACCAACAAGUCCAGAUUUGUGGAUUUCCAGAAGGUUCGCAUCCAGGAAACCCAGGCCGAGCUGCCACGGGGCAGUAUUCCACGUAGCGUGGAGAUUAUUCUACGUGCAGAAGCUGUGGAGUCGUGUCAGGCCGGGGACAGGUGCGAUUUCACAGGGUGUCUUAUUGUGGUCCCUGAUGUCUCCCAGCUGACUACUCCAGGCGCCCGUGCCGAGACCAGUUCCCGGGUUGGUGGAACCGAGGGCUAUGAAGCCGAAGGGGUCCGUGGUCUCCGUGCCCUCGGAGUCAGAGAUUUGUCUUACAGACUUGUUUUCCUUGCUUGCUAUGUGGCUCCUACAAAUCCCAGGUUCGGUGGAAAAGAUCUUCAUGAAGAAGACAUGACCGCCGAGAGCAUCAAGAACCAGAUGUCUGCAAAGGAAUGGGAGAAGGUGUUUGAAAUGAGCCAAGACAAGAACCUGUACCACAACCUGUGCACCAGCCUCUUCCCUACCGUGCAUGGUAACGAUGAGGUGAAGAGAGGGAUCCUACUUAUGCUGUUUGGUGGCGUUCCAAAGACCACCAUGGAGGGCACGUCUCUGCGCGGUGACAUUAAUCUGUGCAUUGUCGGAGACCCAAGUACAGCCAAGAGUCAGUUCCUCAAGCAUGUUGAGGAGUUCAGCCCGCGGGCAGUGUACACAAGCGGUAAGGCCUCCAGUGCUGCUGGUCUGACUGCGGCCGUAGUGAAAGACGAGGAAUCCCACGAGUUUGUGAUAGAGGCCGGAGCGUUGAUGUUGGCUGACAAUGGUGUAUGUUGCAUUGACGAGUUUGACAAGAUGGACCUCAAGGACCAGGUUGCGAUCCACGAAGCUAUGGAACAGCAAACCAUCUCCAUCACCAAAGCUGGUGUUAAGGCCACGUUGAAUGCAAGAACGUCCAUCUUGGCUGCUGCAAAUCCCAUUGGAGGCCGUUACGACCGGGCGAAGUCCCUGAAACAAAAUGUAAACUUGUCCGCUCCGAUCAUGUCGAGAUUUGACCUUUUCUUCAUCCUGGUCGACGAAUGUAACGAGGUGACAGAUUACGCCAUUGCUCGACGUAUCGUGGACCUCCACUCCAGGAUUGAAGAUUCCAUCGACAGGGUCUACAGCCUUGAUGAAGUCCGCAGAUAUCUACUCUUUGCUCGUCAGUUCAAACCCAAAAUUUCCAAAGACUCUGAGAACUUCAUAGUGGAACAGUACAAGCGCUUGCGCCAGAGAGACGGGAGCGGCGUCACCAAAUCCGCCUGGAGAAUUACCGUGCGACAGCUGGAGAGCAUGAUCCGCCUGUCGGAGUCGAUGGCGAGAAUGCACUGCAGCGACGAGGUACAUCCAAAGCACGUGAAGGAAGCCUUCCGGUUACUGAACAAAUCUAUCAUCCGAGUGGAGACCCCGGAUGUCAACUUGGAUCAGGAUGAAGAAAUGGAGGAGGAACCUCAAGAAGUUGUUAAUGGUGAUGCCAGAAUACCAAAUGGUCACGUGAACGGAAUUAACGGCCACGCGGAGAGCGAACCUAAGGAGGCGGCACCUAAACCUUCCCUGCGUCUCGGUUUUACGGAAUACAAGCGAAUCUCCAACCUGCUGGUUCUGCAGCUGAGGAAGACGGAAGACGAGGACGAAGCCACCCAGAAGAGAAGUGAUCUCAUUAACUGGUACCUAAAGGAGAUCGAAUCCGAAAUUGACUCUGAAGAAGAACUCGUCAACCGCAAGCAAAUAAUUGAGAAAGUGAUUCACCGGCUGGUUCAUUACGAUCAAAUCUUAAUAGAACUGACACAGAGCAGCCUGAAAGGCUCAGCGGGGGAGGAGGACGCUGCCAAGGACGAGGACCCCUACUUGGUCGUGAACCCCAACUACAUUCUGGAGGACUAAUGUUUCAUGGACAAUCGGGAUCUUAUUUUCCUUAUUAAGACUUAGAACUUUUUAUCUUCAGAUUUUUUUUUACGUUUGGGUUUCCCUGUUUGGAAUGAACGUUAUGGUUCCAAGGACGCCUGUAGGAUGUUUGUUGUCUGCAUUUCAGCGAUGGCCGAAGCUCGGAAGAAAUCUUGUAUAUUGGUUUUGCUGCAGCCGUCGUCUUUCAUGUAUGAACACAGGGAGGGUCCCGAAAUUUUAUGGUUUACAGGUGAAAGGCCUGUAGUUUGGGUUAAACAGCAGUGCUGUGGAAGGUGUGUUUUUAAGAGGAAUUUAUUAGAAUUUUAUAGGGUCACACUGUCCAAUAUCGGGAUUUUUAU